AUGCCCGGCACUCCAGGAUGUCCGGCACUCCAGGAUGCUCUGUACUUCAGGAUGUCCGGCACUCCAGGAUGUCCGGCACUCCAGGAUGUCCGGCACUCCAGGAUGCCCGGCACUCCAGGAUGCCCGGCACUCCAGGGUGACCCUGCACUCCAGGGUGACCCUGCACUCCAGGGUGACCCUGCACUCCAGGGUGACCCUGCACUCCAGGGUGACCCUGCACUCCAGGGUGACCCUGCACUCCAGGGUGACCCUGCACUCCAGGGUGACCCUGCACUCCAGGGUGACCCUGCACUCCAGGGUGACCCUGCACUCCAGGGUGACCCUGCACUCCAGGGUGACCCUGCACUCCAGGGUGACCCUGCACUCCAGGGUGACCCUGCACUCCAGGGUGACCCUGCACUCCAGGGUGACCCUGCACUCCAGGGUGACCCUGCACUCCAGGGUGACCCUGCACUCCAGGGUGACCCUGCACUCCAGGGGUGCACUCCCCUGCACUCCAGGGUGACCCUGCACUCCAGGGUGACCCUGCACUCCAGGGUGACCCUGCACUCCAGGGUGACCCUGCACUCCAGGGUGACCCUGCACUCCAGGGUGACCCUGCACUCCAGGGUGACCCUGCACUCCAGGGUGACCCUGCACUCCAGGGUGACCCUGCACUCAAACUCUAUAAAGAACAUAGUACCAAAUUCUACUAUCUAA